AUGCAUGGGGGCAAGAGAGGACUGGUGGCUCCGCAAAACACUUUUCUGGAGAAUAUUGUCCGGCGCUCCAGCGAAACCAGUUUCCUGUUGGGAAAUGCACAGAUCGUUGAGUGGCCGGUUGUUUACAGCAAUGAUGGAUUCUGCAAGCUGUCUGGAUACCACAGAGCUGAAGUCAUGCACAGGAGUAGCACGUGCAAUUUCAUGUAUGGUGACCUGACUGAUAAGAACACUAUAGACAAAAUCAGAAAGACCUUUGAUAACUAUGAGUCCCAGUUCUACGAGGUGCUGCUCUACACAAAGAAUAGAACACCAAUAUGGCUGUACAUGCAGGUAGCUCCCAUCAGAAAUGAAAACGAGAAGGUGGUGCUUUUCCUCUGCACCUUCAGAGACAUUACACUGUUCAAACAGCCAAUUGAAGAUGAAGCAACUAGAGCCGGAUGGACAAAGUUCGCCAGACUAACCCGGGCACUGACCAACAAUCGCAACCUGGUGCAGCAGUUACCACCGCUGAGCAAGGCGGAGGUCAGCCACAAGCCCUCCAGACUGGCUGAGGCUCUCCAGCUGGGAUCAGACAUUCUGCCUCAGUACAAACAGGAGGCCCCUAAGACCCCUCCACACAUUAUCCUCCACUACUGCACCUUCAAGACCACCUGGGACUGGGUCAUCCUCAUCCUCACCUUUUACACCGCCAUCAUGGUGCCCUAUAACGUCUCCUUUAAGACAAAGCAAAACAAUCUGGCUUGGCUGGUGCUGGACAGUGUCGUAGACGUCAUCUUCCUGAUCGACAUCGUGCUCAACUUCCACACCACCUUUGUGGGUCCUGCCGGGGAAGUCAUUUCAGACGCAAAGCUGAUACGCAUGAAUUACAUGAAGACGUGGUUUGUCAUCGACCUGCUGUCCUGUCUGCCCUACGAUAUAAUCAACGCCUUUGACAAUGUUGAGGAGGGUCUCAGCAGCCUGUUCAGCUCCCUAAAGGUGAUCCGCCUGUUGCGGUUGGGCCGAGUGGCCCGGAAGUUGGACCACUACCUGGAGUACGGAGCAGCUGUCCUGGUCCUGCUGGUGUGUGUUUUUGGUCUGGUGGCCCACUGGCUAGCUUGCAUCUGGUACAGCAUUGGGGACUACGAGGUAAUCGAUGAAACCACCAACACCAUUAAGACAGACAGCUGGCUCUACCAGCUGGCUCUAAGCAUUGGGACUCCUUACCGCUACAACGUCAGUGGUACAGGACAGUGGGAAGGUGGUCCCAACAAGGACACGUUGUACAUUUCUUCUCUGUACUUUACCAUGACGAGUCUCACCACCAUUGGAUUUGGCAACAUUGCUCCGGCCACAGAUGGCGAGAAGAUUUUCUCCGUGGCUAUGAUGAUGGUGGGCUCGCUGCUUUACGCAACCAUUUUUGGAAAUGUCACCACCAUCUUCCAGCAGAUGUACACCAACACAAAUCGCUACCAUGAGAUGCUCAACAAUGUGCGCGACUUCCUGAAGCUUUAUCAGGUUCCCAAAGGUCUGAGUGAGAGGGUCAUGGACUUCAUCGUCUCCACCUGGGCCAUGUCUAAGGGCAUUGACACAGAUAGGGUUCUCUCAAUUUGUCCCAAGGACAUGCGGGCAGACAUCUGCGUUCACCUGAACAGGCAGGUGUUCAACGACCACCCGGCAUUUCGUCUGGCCAGCGAUGGCUGUCUGCGCUCUCUAGCUGUGGAGUUUCAGACCACACACUGUGCACCCGGAGACCUCAUCUUCCAUAUUGGAGAGAGUGUCGACACCCUCUGCUUUGUGGUCUCUGGGUCACUAGAAGUCAUCCAGGAUGAUGAGGUUAUCGCAAUACUUGGUAAUCAAACGUAA